AUGGCGUCGGCAGUCCGGCAGGUCCUGCGCCAGGUUGGUGGGGGAGGAGCCGCGCAGCAUUCCUUGCGUAUGCUCAUGGUAGGAUGCCCGGGCUCAGGCAAAGGGACCCUUUCUGAACGCAUCGUGAAAGAGUUUCCUGUCGAACAUGUCACGGCUGGCGAUAUUUUGCGUCGGCAUAUUCGUGAUGGUACCGACAUUGGCCUAGAAGCUGCGAAAGUCAUCCGGGCUGGCCGUCUUAUGCCGGAUGAGACGAUGAUGGAGCUCAUUCAUUCCGAAUUAAAGAUGCUGGGCGAAAAGAACUGGAUUCUCGAUGGGUUCCCACGCACCCUUGGGCAAGCAGAGCUACUUACGGCGACUCUGGUCGCUGCUGAGCACCCACUUUCGUUGGUCGUCAACCUGGUCGUGCCAGAAGAGGUCAUUUUGCAGCGUAUUUUGGACCGGUGGACACACAUUCCUUCGGGCCGCGUAUAUAAUAUGUCGUUCAAUCCACCGAAAUGCCCUGGCUUUGAUGAUAUUACUGGUGAACCGUUGGAGAAGCGAGAGGAUGAUAACCCAGAGACGUUCAAGAAGCGCAUCGCUGCCUUCCACGAGAAGACCGAGCCGAUGAUCUCACUGUUCCGCUCCAUGUCGUGCCCGACGGAUCCUUCGCGGCCGUUGGUCGUGGACUUGGCCGGCUCGACCAGCAACGAAAUCUGGCCCAAGCUGCAACAUGUUCUUCGCGAACGAUUCCCUUACUUUACAUAG